AUGAGAAUACACGCUGGAGAAAAACCUUAUAAAUGUGAUGUUUGUAGAAACUCUUUUAAUUGGGUAAAUAAUCUUGAUGUUCACAUGAGAAUACACGCUGGAGAGAAACCUUAUAAAUGUGAUAAACCUUAUAAAUGUGAUGUUUGUAGAAACUCUUUUAAUUGGGUAAAAAAUCUUGAUGUUCAUAUGAGAAUACAUACUGGAGAGAAACCUUAUAAAUGUGAUGUUUGUAGAAACUCUUUUAAUUGGGUAAAUAAUCUUGAUGUUCAAAUUAGAAUACGCGCUGGAGAGAAACCUUAUAAAUGUGAUGUUUGUAAUAAAUGA